AUGGCUACCGCUACCUCUUCGGAUAGGGACCAGGAGAAGGGCUUCGAUGAGCAGUCUGAGAUGAAGGAUGUUAACCGUGGCACUGUUCAUGAUGCCGCUGGUCAUGGCCAGUUUGCUACUGAUGCCUAUGGUAACCCUCUUGUUCAGUUCGAUGCAGCUGCUGAGCGUCGACUACGAUGGAAACUCGACUUGUACACCGUCCCAACUGUAGCAGUCCUCUAUCUCUUCUGCUUCAUCGAUCGUGCCAAUAUCGGUAACGCCCGUAUCGCUGGUAUGGGAGCCGAUCUUCAGCUCGAGGGCUACGACUACAACAAGAUUCUCUCAGUCUUCUACAUCUCAUACAUCAUCUUCGAAAUCCCCGCCACCGUCACUUGCAAAUGGAUGGGCCCCGGUUGGUUCCUCCCCGGUACCUCUCUCGCCUUUGGAAUCGUCAGUGUCGCCACAGCCUUCUGCAACACCCAAGCUGCUCUCUGCGGUGUUCGUUUCCUGCUUGGAAUCUUUGAGGCUGGUAUGUUGCCCGGAAUCGCCUACUACCUGUCCCGAUGGUACAAGCGCUCUGAGCUUACUUUCCGUCUGUCGCUUUACAUGGUUAUGGCUCCCCUUGCUGGUGCCUUUGGUGGUCUUCUUGCCAGUGCUAUUCUCAAGCUUGACCACUUCGGUAGCCUUCACACCUGGCGAAUGAUCUUUGCUAUUGAGGGUGUCAUUACCAUCGGCCUCAGUCUUCUCGCUUUCAUCACCCUUACCGACCGACCCGAGACAGCCCGCUGGCUCACCCAGGAGGAGAAGGAUCUCUGCAUCGCCCGUGUCAAGUCCGAACGUCUCGCCCAGACCGAAGUCGUCGACGGUAUCGACCGAGUCAAGCUCUGGCGCGGUGUUUCCAACCCUAUCACCCUCCAGAUCGCCUUAAUCUUCCUCUUCAACAACAUCACCGUCCAGGGUCUCGCUUUCUUCCUCCCCACCAUCGUCGGCAGCAUCUACCCCGAUUACAGCGUUGUCCAGAAGCAGCUCCACAGUGUUCCUCCUUACGCCGUCGGUGCUUGCUUUGCUCUUAUCUUCCCUGCUAUCAGUUGGUGGGUUGACAAGCGACAGAUCUUCAUCAUCUUAUCCGCGCCCACUGUCGUUAUCGGCUAUGCUAUGUUCCUGGGAUCCCAGGAGCCUGGUGUUCGAUACGGUGCUUGCUUCCUCAUUGCCAGCACUUGUAUGGUUUUGGGUACCAUGACAAACGCUCACAUCAGUGCCAACGUUGUCAGUGAUACCGCUCGAAGCAGUGCCAUUGGUCUUAACGUCAUGUUUGGCAACAUUGGUGGUCUCAUCGCUACCUGGUCUUACCUCGACAAGGACAAGCCCAACUACCCUAUCGGCAACAGUCUCAACUGUGCUGCGGGAUGUCUCAUCUUCUUGAUCAGCAUUUCAGGAUAUCUCUGGAUGAAGUGGGAUAACCGACGACGUGACAAGAAGAACGUCGAGCAGGAAUUGGCAGGCCUAUCUUCUGAGGAGAUUGCCAACCUCGACUGGAAGCACCCUGGCCACAGAUGGCACGACUAA